AUGGGAGUGGAGAGGUCACUGGAUAUCAAUGAGGAUGGAUCCGUCAUCCUGAGACCAGGCAAUAAAUACGAGUAUAAGUUCGACUUCGAGCUGCCACAGGGAUUUGACCCCGUGGACGUCAACACCCCCGAGCUGCUGUCCCCCGUUGCUGCCAAGAAGGAGAAGAAGGUGAGCUGCAUGUUCAUCCCCGAUGGAAGAGUGUCCGUCAGCGCCCAGAUCGACAGGAAGGGCUUCUGUGAAGGUGACGAGAUCUACAUCAACGCCGACUUUGAGAACACUUGUUCGCGCAUCGUGGUGCCCAAAGCCGCCAUCGUGGCCAAGCACACGUACCUGGCGGGGGGGCAGACGAAGCAGCUGAGCCAGAAGCUGUCGGUGGUCAGAGGGAACCACAUUAUAUCGGGGAGCUCAGACAGGUGGAGGGGGAAGAGCAUCAGGGUCCGGAAACUGAGACCCUCCAUCCUGGGCUGCAACAUCCUGAGAGUGGAGUAUUUCCUGCAGAUCUACGUCAGUGUCCCCGGCUCCAAGAAGCUGCUCCUGGAGCUGCCGUUGGUCAUCGGGAGCCGCUCCAGCAUCGGCAGCUCCAGCUCCAGCGCCAGCGUCGGCAGCCAGGGCAGCUCUGAGUGCAGCUGGGUGGAUCUGAACCUG